ACCGCUGCUUGGCCCCCGGCCCCCUUAUCUGCCCCCGCCCCGGGGGCCCCGGCACUGCCAUGGACGGCCAGCUCCUGUCUGUGCUGCUACUGCUGUUGCUCGGGGCCUUGAGCCUGCGGGGCCAGGGGCCGGGGCCAGGGGGUCCCUCGGAGGAGCCCGGGAAGGAGGAGGUUCCUGAGGAGGAUGGGAUCCUGGUGCUGAGCCACCGCACCCUGGGCCGGGCCCUGCAGGAGCACCCUGCCUUGCUGGUGGAGUUUUAUGCCCCGUGGUGUGGGCACUGCAAGGCGCUGGCCCCUGAGUACAUCAAGGCAGCUGCCCUGCUGGCAGCAGAGUCAGCCAAAACCAGGCUGGCCAAGGUGGAUGGGCCUUCAGAGCCAGAGCUGACCAAGGAGUUUGCUGUGACCGAGUACCCCACGCUCAAGUUCUUCCGCGAUGGGAACCGCACGGACCCGGAGGAGUAUACUGGCCCCCGGGAAGCCGAGGGCAUUGCUGAGUGGCUGCGGCGGCGGGUGGGGUCCAGCACCACACGCCUGGAGGAUGAAGAGGGCGCCCAAGCAUUGAUAGAUGCCCACGACGUAGUGGUCAUCGGCUUCUUCCAGGACCUGCAGGAUGAGGACGUGGCCACCUUCCUGGCUCUGGCCCAGGAUGCUCUGGACAUGACCUUUGGCCUCACUGAUCAUCCGCAGCUUUUUCAGAAGUUUGGCCUCACCAAGGACACCGUGGUCCUUUUCAAGAAGUUUGACGAGGGGCGGGCAGACUUCCCAGUGGAUGAGGAGCUGGGCCUGGACCAGGGUGAUCUGUCCCGCUUCCUCCUCACGCACAGCAUGCACCUGGUCACGGAGUUCAACAGCCAGGUGAGUUGGGCUGCAGGUACAGGAACGGGCACUGGGUGGAGUGGGAGGGUGACCACAGAGCCAGCUCCCAUGAGCCCUGCCUACCCCUGCAGACGUCCCCCAAGAUCUUUGCGGCCAGGAUCCUCAACCAUUUGCUGCUGUUCAUCAACCAGACACUGGCCCCGCACCAGGAGCUGCUGGCAGGCUUUAGGGAGGCAGCUCCCCCAUUCCGGGGGCAGGUACUGGCUGGGUGGGCUGAGGGGCGGGCGCGGGGGAGGCCAGUGCCCAGUGCAUACUCCCUGUUGGCAGGUGCUGUUCGUGGUGGUGGACGUGAGUGCCAACAACAACCACGUGCUACAGUACUUCGGGCUCAGGGCAGAGGAGGCCCCCACCCUGCGCUUCAUCAACAUGGAGACCACCAAGAAGUACAAGCCUGCAGACAGGGGGCCGGUCACUGCAGCCUGGGUCACCACCUUCUGCCACUCAGUCCUCAGCGGCAAGGUCAAGCCCUAUCUUCUGAGUCAAGAGGUCCCCCCUGACUGGGACCAACAUCCUGUCAAGACUCUUGUGGGCAAGAAUUUCGAGCAGGUGGCUUUUGACGAAACCAAGAAUGUGUUCAUCAAGUUCUAUGCCCCAUGGUGUACCCACUGCAAGGAGAUGGCACCAACCUGGGAGGCACUGGCCGAAAAGUACAGGGACCACGAAGACAUCAUCAUUGCCGAGCUAGAUGCCACGGCCAAUGAACUGGAGGGCUUUCCUGUACACGGCUUUCCCACCCUCAAGUAUUUCCCAGCAGGGCAGGGUCGGAAGGUGAUUGAAUACAAAAGUGCCAGAGACCUGGAGACCUUCUCCAAGUUCCUGGACAACGGGGGCAAGUUACCCGAAGAGGAGCCCGCCGAGGAGCCCUCAGCUCCCUUCCCGGAUACAUUAGCCAACUCCACCGUGGAUCUCAAGGAGGAGCUGUAGCCACCCCAUCAGUGCAGGGGAGCCAUCUCCUCGGUGCCUGGGAAAUUGUGGGCACUGAAUAAAGAGUUUUGGCCCUG